CUCUAAUUGAUCUUCACCCAAUCAACAAUAACUCGUUAGCAAGCGCUUGCUUUUCUUGCUCCUUAAGACCUCUUAUUUCGCUGUAGCAAAGCAGCCUCUGGGCAGGACCGUCACAAUUCCUAAAUAUCUUCAUGUAAAACUCCUCAGAAGACCCGUCGCACGUUUAAAGGGAAUACAAUUAUUGUGUUUUCAAUGCUUCAGCACACGCUGAAACAUGAUUUAUUUGGAAAAGUAGUUCGAAGAAGAAGGCAGUCCUGAAGAUUCGAUUCUAGAGCACAAAAAGGUGGACAAAACGUGUUUGGGUAGUUUGUGGAAGACAAAUAUUAGUUAAAAAAAAAAUAUAUAUUGUGUUUUUUUUUUUUUUCUCUGGAACGGCGAUGACCUCUACAAAGGAAAUGAAGGCAGGCUCGGUUUUACAAUCUAGUAGGGAAGACAGGAGACGGGGUCCCCAAGAUCAGCUGCCACCCGCGGCCAAUUCCAACAAGCCACUGACCCCCUUCGGUAUUGAAGAUAUUCUUAACAAGCCCUCAAUCAAGAAAUCCACAGUCAGACGCUGUGCGCCGACCGUUCUGGAGAAAGUGACCGGCUCUGCAGCUCUCAGGAACGGCGUGACCACUCCUUCCUCUCCGCUGUGUGCCCUCGAGGAACUUGCCAGUAAAACUUUUAAAGGUCUGGAAGUCAAUGUAAUCCAAGCGGCUGAAGGUCGUGAGCACCUGAACGCAUUCGGACAGAAGCAGGUCACAAAAAAGAGGCGAAAGUCUCGCACAGCCUUCACCAACCACCAGAUCUACGAGCUGGAGAAAAGGUUUUUGCACCAGAAAUACCUGUCGCCCGCAGACAGAGACCAGAUCGCUCAGCAGCUGGGUCUUACCAAUGCGCAGGUCAUUACCUGGUUUCAGAACAGGCGAGCCAAACUCAAGAGGGACCUGGAGGAGAUGAAAGCAGACGUUGAAUCUCUAAAGAAGAUCCCAUCCCAGGCCCUGGAUACUCUUGUGAACAUGAAAGACCUCGAUGAACCCCAACGCAGCUCAGAGGUAGUCUCCCCCAGCAUCUCCCCAUCAUCACAGCGACUCGGGGUCUUUCCACAGUCACCCCAGUCAUCUUCCAGGGACCAAACCACAGACGAGUUUUCAGAAGAGGACGAAGAAAUCAAAGUUGACGAUUAAAAAACAAAACAGAAAAUUCUGCACAAACUUUUGGGAACAAGCGUCACUAAGUUAAUGAACCUCGUAAAUUAUUAAAGGACAAACAAUAAAAAAUGGUUUCGACACGCUUUCGGCAACGGUAACAAAAAUGCUUUAACUGAAAACCAAAAUAAACCAAGGAAUAAAAAAGGGAAUUCGUAUUUAUAAAUGACAGCUUUUGAAAGACAAAGCUGCAAGUGGCAAAAACAGAUACUGAAAACAGCUACUGCAAAGCGUGUAGCCUAUAUAUUUUCUUCGGUCAUUUCUCUUGGGGGAAACCGUGCAAUUUUAUUUUUUUUUUUAAUUUGGAAACUCACAAAGCCACAGACUUUAAUUGUAGCUGCUAUGCAUGUUACAAUGA